CCACUUGCAUCCCCUUGCUCCCAUGGCCGAGCUCUCCUCUACCUGCAUAUAUAGGCUGCCUCCCACUCUUCUCCCCCCCUAGCUCACCUGCGCUUAGGCUUAGCUAGUACUAAUCAUCAUUAGUGUAUAGCUAAGCUAGCUCCAUUUCUUGCGCUUCUUGGUUUUGUCUGGGAACUAUUGUAUAGGUCUAUAUCGAUCUCCAUGGAUGAGGUGUGGUGCAGCCUGGACAGCAUGCCGGCCGACAUCGCCGCCGGCAUCCACCAGCCGCCGCCGCCCGACCUCCACGACCCCUCCUUCUGGCCGGCUUUCGCCGACUGUGCUGCGAGCUUCAUCGCCGGCGGCGGCGGCGACAAUGCGUGCUUCGACGAGCUCAUGGCGGGAGGGUCGUCGGGUGACACUAGGAUGGUGGCCAUGGACGACGGCGACGACGGGAGUGGCUUCUUGGUGGGGGACGCCGAGGCCGAGCACCUGAUGCUGUCGUCCUCGUCGCCGUCGUCGCUCUCCUCGGGCCGCUCCCUCUCCAUCGACAGCGCCGGCUCCAUGUCCUCCUUCUCGCUCGACGCCGCCGCGGCGCUGGCGAUGUCGACCCUCGCCGUCCCGCACCCGUACCCGCCGCCCGUCGCGCACGGCAUGUUCGCCUCCGGCGACGGUGGCGGCGGCGGCGGCGGCGCAGUCGACGACCACGAGGACGCCAUCAUGCGUGCCAUGAUGGCCGUCAUCUCCUCCGCCUCGGCCUCCCCCUCCUCCUCGGGCGGCUCCGCCUCCUCGCCCACCCCGUUCAGCCGGGACAGCGGCGCGCACCACCAGCCUGCAGGUCAGCCAGCCAUGGCGGCGCCGCAGCAGCCGCGUGGAGGGAACGGCGGCCACGUGGUGGUGAAGAGCAGCAGCAGCAGCGGCGGCCUCGCCGUGCCGAUGGAUCAGAAGCCCGGCGGCGGCGGGCGGGGACGGCAGCAGGAGGAGGCGGCGGCGGCGAGCGCCACCAACAGCAGCCAGCUCUACCACAUGAUGUCGGAGAGGAAGAGGAGGGAGAAGCUCAACGACAGCUUCCACACGCUCAGAUCACUCCUCCCACCUUGCUCCAAGAAGGACAAGACGACGGUGCUGAUCAACGCGGCCAAGUACCUCAAGUCGCUGGAGACGGAGAUCACGGAGCUGGAAGGGACGAACACGAAGCUGGAGAAGCACAUCGCCGGCGGCGGCGGCGCGGCGGACGCCGCCAUGAGGGCUCGCCGGGCGCAGCAGAGGGCCAAGGUGCAGAUCAGCAAGGCGGCGGACUCGCAGUCGCAGCAGCUGGUGAGCCUGACGGUGAUGGUGAUGGUGGAGUGCGACGUGGUGGAGCUGGUGCUCCACAUCCUGGAAUGCCUCAGGUGGAUGAAGGAGAUCAGCGUGCUGUCCGUCUACGCCGACACCUACUCGCCGCAGCUUCUUCUCAAGGCCAUCGCCAACAUCAAGCUCCAGAUCGUGGGAGGAGAUUGGAACGAGGCGUCGUUCCACGAGGCGAUGACGAAGGCGGCGAACGACGCGACCAUUUCCUGCGCCCCGCUCGCGAUCACGGCAGCACAGUGAUUGCUGAUUAGUGAGUGAUUAGCAGCGAGCGGCGGCGGUGGCGACCUACCGGUUAAUUCAAUCCAUCCUCAUCGUCCUCGCGCGCGUGCAGUCAUGGUUGAACGUUGAAGCAGUAAAAAAAAUAUUUAUGUAUGGAGGGCGAUGGGUUCGCUACGUCAUAACCGAUCUCAAUAGUUGGAGGAGGAAAACGAGGACAAUUCAAAUACUUCGAGAGUGGGGAAGAAUAUUGUUAGAUAUAUAUUAGGGUUUGGUUAUUCAUUCCUUUUUCCGUCUUAAAAUAUAAUAAGUUUUGAUGAUGUAUAAACAUGUAUAAAUAUAUAGCUAAAAGUUAUUAUAUUUUAGGACGGUGAUAGUAAUUACGUAGCGUAUUUUUCAGGUGUGCCCUAGUUGCAGCCGCAAGCUAGGUUGCAGACGAUGGUGCUUUAGUAGCGCUAGCCUAGCUAGUAUAGGUAUAUGUAUAUGUAUAUCUCUAUGUAUAUACAUGCAUGGUGGUGGUUUUGAGUGAUUGUUAAUCUGGUGGUAUAUUGGUUGUUC